AUGGAGCUGCAUAUACACCCCAGAGUGUACGCUGCCUUUCUCAUCUGUCUUUGGUUGUUUGCUGCUGCUGCAGCAGCAGCAGCAACAGCAGCAGCAGCAGCAACCCCUGCUGCUGCUGCAGCAGCAGCAGGGGUUUCUGAGAAACCCUUCAUUGAAGAAUUUGCAGCAGCAGCAGCAGCAGCAGAAGCAGCAACAGCAACAGCAGCAGCAGCAGCAGCAACCCCUCGUAGGCUCAGCAGCAGCGUAGAUGUCAGAGAGCAGCAAGAGGAGCCCCUCCCUCCUUCUGUUGCAGCAGCAGCAGCAGAAAUAGCAUCUGCAGCAGCAGCAGCAGAAAGAGCAGCAGCAGCAGCAGCAGCAGAGAGUGCAUCAGCAGCAGCAGCAGCAGCAAAAAGGGCUGCACUAGCAGCAGCAGCAGCAGCAGCAGCAGAAACUGCAGCAGCAAAAGAACAGCAGCAGCAACCACUGAGUGUUGCUGAUAGAAUACGCCUUAAAUUUCAUUCUAAUAAAUUAUUUGACGAAGACGAACCAGCAGCAGCAGCAGCAGCAGCAGCAGCAGCAGCAGCAGCAGCAGCAGCAGCAGCAGCAGCAGGAGCAGCAGCAGCAGCAGCAGCAGCAGCAGCAGCAGGAGCAAGAAUACAGUCUAGAGAAAGGAAACGAAGAAGAAAAUAA